GCAGGCUGUCGACACCAUACGCGGUGCUCAUCGUCGCCCGACCCGAGCGGAUCAUCUCAGAACAUAGACCAGAACAAUCCACGUGGAAUAUCAUUUUGACGUUUCUUUCUCCUCAUGACCGUUGAUUGACAUGCAACUGUUGCCUGCUUAGAGAGACUUACCUCGGAGUUAAGGCGGCUUGGCAUUUCUCGCGCUUUCCACCAACGAAAACGUCAUUAUUCGUUCGCAUAUAUCAUCGUUCCGCCUUCCGCCUCUCCAACGACAACAGCACUGCAAAGGCACACACGCGAAUCAUGGCGUCCCUCUUACGGAGACCGUUCGCCAUUACGGCGACACUGCGACAAGCUUCACCGAAAUCGCAAACCCUCACAUUCCGCGCUUUCCACAGCACGCCACUCAAGCAGCAUCCGCACUUGUUCCGACCCGCAAAGCCUACGGUAUCGACGUCGCAAAAUGUCUCCAAGUUCCAGCAAGCGUUCCGACGCGGAUACCAGCAGGCUGCCUACAACCCUGUAGCGCAGGGAGAUAUGCGACAGCGUCUGCUGUAUGGAGGUGGCAUCUUCGCAGGCACCCUGCUUGCGAUCAAUUUCAUCUUCAAUCGCGAGACACGCGAGGAUGGUGGCAUGCCGCCAUUCGAGCGCGAGUACCUUAACGACACCUUCAUGCACACUGGCCUUGGUAUUGGAAUGAUCGGAAUCGCAGCCCGCGCCCUGCACAUGAACGGAUGGAGCUUCAGGCUUAUGAGCGCAAACCCGUGGCUUGUGCUUGGUGUUGGUCUCGUUGGCAGCAUCGGAACUAUGUACGGCACCAUGGCCACUUCGCCUUCCAACUACGUCCAAAAGUACGCCCUCUGGACUGCCUUCAACGGUACCCAAGCCCUCCUUCUGUCGCCACUCUUCUUCAUGCACCCUGCCAUCCUCGCUCGCGCCGGUCUCUACACUGCUGGAAUGAUGGGCUCCAUCGCCUUCGUCGGCGCCACCGCCAAGACGGACAAGUACCUCUACCUCGGUGGCCCACUUCUCGCUGGUGUCGCAAUCGUCGCUCUCUCCGGUCUCGCUCCCCUCGUCGUCCCAGCCACCGCUGCCCGCACACUCAUGGUCACCGAGAACCUCUGGCUAUACGGAGGCCUCGCUGUCUUUGGUGGUUUCACCCUAUAUGACGUUCAAAAGGUGUUGAACCAUGCACGCCAGGCUCAGGCCGGCUUGAUCCCCAAGGAUCCCGUUAAUGAGUCCAUCUCGCUUGAGUUGGACUUUAUUAACAUCUUCAUCCGCAUGGUACAGAUUCUGGGCAUGAGCCAGAACAGGAGGAAGUAGAUUUAUCUAGAGAUGAUUGCAUAAGGAGGAUGUGAAGCUG